AUGUCGACAAACGAGACCCUGGAUGCAUUACAUCAAAGCUUGACCGACUUUUUUAAUUCUGCAGUUAUCGAUAAAGAGGAGAAAUGGCGUCGCUAUUUUCUAGAAAAAGUGAUGAACCUAAUAGAGCAGUCAGGACUUGUUAUCGCCACCGGAAAAUGUUAUGAUCAUCCUAAAUUUUCGAUUGAUCAGCCAGAAGUUAAUGAUGAGGCUUCAGAUUUUGCAAGUACUCCUGAGUCGAAUUCACCACCAAGCUACGCUGCGACAGCUCGUGCUCUUGAAGAGACUAGAAGCGCUCCUGCGGCAUUACUAUCGAGCAGAAAAAGUCCGCAGCCGAAAACUGGCGUUGCCAGCGAUAAAAAAGUCGAUCAUACGAUAGCACUGUCGAAUUACACUGAUGAUUGUAUUCUUGGUUUCCUUCAAACUGGUCAGCUGAAACAUCGAGAACUUGAAGCAAAGCUUGAUCCGGAUUUUGCCAGGGCAGUGCGUCUUCGGAGGCAUCAUUUUGGCUCGAUAUCAAAUUUGGCUGUGUUGGAUUUGCCAUAUGAGAAUUAUGAUUACUCUUCAGUAAAUUGGUUGACUGCGUUGCAGGUAUAUAAAGCAUGUUGUGAAAAUGUUACUGGUUACGUGCCUCUCCCUCUCGGGCUUGCCGGGCCCUUAAAUGUCAACUCUAAAGAAUAUAUGAUACCUUUGGCAACCACCGAGGGGGCUCUUGUUGCAAGCAUUAGUCGAGGAUGCAAGAAGUCCAACGGUGUUCUCUCAAAGGUUUUUUCGGAUGGGAUGACUCGUGCACCUGUAUUAAAGUUUGAAACCACUGGAGAAGCAUUAGAAGUGAAGGAGUGGUUGGAAAACCCACAGUAUUUUGGGACUGUGAAAGAAACUUUUGACGGAACAAGCAACUAUGGUAGGCUGAAGAGCGUCACUGUAAGCAUGUAUGGAACAUUCCUUUUUGUCCGAUUCGAAGCGUCUACAGGAGAUGCAAUGGGAAUGAACAUGGUUUCAAAAGGAGUGACUGCAGUUUUGCACAUGAUGACUAAACUGUUCCCAAAAAUGGAGGUACUUUCGCUUUCUGGAAAUUACUGUGUCGACAAAAAGGCUAGUUCGAUCAACUGGAUCAACGGUCGAGGAAAGUCAGUUGUUGCUGAAGCAUUUAUCCCGAGUGCCGUAGUUCAAAGUGAAUUGAAAACAACAGUUGAAGAUCUUUGCCAGCUUGCGAAAACAAAGCUGUUGGUUGGGACUUCGAUGGCUGGUACUGUUGGGGGGUGGAAUGCUCAUGCAGCCAACAUUGUUGCUGCUAUAUUUUUGGCUACAGGACAGGAUGCAGCACAAGUGGUUUCAAGUAGUAUGUGUCUAACACUUAUGGAUAAAACGCGAGGUGGCGAUCUUCACGUUACAUGCACUAUGAAAUGCUUGGAAGUUGGAACCGUUGGAGGUGGCACGAUUCUGCCAGCUCAAAAAACGUGCUUAAAAAUGUUAAAUUGUGAUGGUGCCAGUGUCGAUGUACCUGGAAAUAAUGCAAAACGUUUAGCUGAGAUUAUUUGUGCUACUGUCUUGGCUGGCGAACUUUCUUUAUUAGCUGCUUUAUGUACCGGCAGCUUGGUGAAGAGUCAUUUAAGACUUAAUAGGUUAUUGCAUUUAUUUCUUCAUUAA